AUGGCGAGGGCCCGCGGCCAGGUGCAGGAAUACGAAGGCCUCUUCAAGGGGGUCGGCGCCACGUCGAGGGAGCCAGUGUUUGGCAAGAAGAGCACCUCCGUGGGAGACUCGCACAAGGCGACGCAUUUCGCCGUUGGCUGCCAGAAGUGGGACGAUCACGCCGUCCGCACCAAGCCGCGGAGCCACACGGAGCACGCGCAUCCGCAGGUUGCCUACUCGACCUGCGACGCGCCGGAGAAUAACAUGAGCCAGAUCCACCUCGGGCACCAGGAGCACUCCGGCGCGGCCCACUACCGCUCGGAGCAGCGCGUCCGCUACGAGCACCCGGGCCCGCAGCCUCGGGAGCAGCCGUUCAGUCACCAGGGCAGCGUGUGCCUGGGCUCGGACCAGCAGCCCCUGCAGUCGCAGAAGAAGGCGGUGCACGCGCUCAUCGAGGACGGCGAGCUGCAGCGCUCGGCGGCGAUGCGCGCGGCGGGCCAGGGGACGCUGGUGCCCACCAGCCAGUGGCCGAAGCCGCCGCGGUGCCACGUGCUGCACGGCGGGCCGCGGUCGGUCGACAGCUACGACCUCGGCGUCAUGAGCGGGGGGAGGCACGGGAGGAUCACGGGGAACUACUCCAACGUCAUGUACGAGGCCAACACGCGGAACCCGAUCCUGGGCCUCCACGUCCCCCUCGCGGCGCAGGCCUCCACCUCAGGCAUGCGAACAACGAGCGACCUCAUUGCGGAGGCCAACGAUCAGGUGAGGAACACCUUCAUCGACGAUUUCGGCCCGGGCGCCGAGGAGCCACCGACGCGCACCCUGAGGCGCAGCCGCUCCGAGCCCGCGCUGCCCACCCCCGCCGCAGGGGCCGACGAGCUGGCCGCGGAGGCAGGGGCCCCGGAGGGGGCGCCGGGCCACGGCCCGGUCGGCGCGCUCGGCAGGAUGAUGGAGGCCGAGAGGACCGCGCGCGGGGUCCUCGAGCUCGCGUUCCAGCAGCUGGCCAGCCUCAAGGAGGUCGCGGCCGCCCUGUACCUCGCCGCCCGCAGGAUGCGCGCGCCCCAGCUGGAGGUGGGUGCAAUGACGCUCCUGCCGCCGCUGCUCGCGCAGCUGCGGGGCGGCAUCGCGGAGCUCGGGGGCGGCGGCCGCUUCUCGCAGCUCGCGUGGGCCCUGGGGAAGUUCGGCACGCGGGCGCACCCGGGCAGCCCCCAGCCCGUGCAGGGCAUCGACGAGUGCAUGCUCCACGUCUGCCGUCGGUAUCCCGCCGUCCUGGCGGGCUGCUCCGACGCAGAGCUCACCAACUCGCUGUGGGGCCUCGCCAGGCUCCUUCCGGGAGCGGCCAGCGGCGCCGCGGGCGGCGCGGAGGCCUUGGGCGCCGCGUGCGGCGCCAUGGUGCGCGGGUGCCUCGGCAGGGUGGCGUCGCUGACGGCGCAGUGCCUGGCCAACGCCUUCUGGGCCAUGGCGCGCCUCCGGGUGCGGGGCCCGGACGCCUCGGAGUUCGUCCUGCGGGCCCUCGCGCGGCUCCGCACGGCGCCGCAGCUCGCGGCCUUCACGCCGCAGGGCCUCGCCAACGUCCUCUGGGCCCUCGCCCAGCUGCGGCUCGCCGGCGUCUGCGCGGGGCCGCUGGACAGCGGCGCGGUGCAGGCGGCGCUCGUCGCGGUCGCCGAGGCCUCCGCGCAGCGCCUCGGCGAGUUCCAGCCGCAGGAGCUGUCCAUGGCGGCGUGGUCCUUCGCGAAGCUCUACGGGCAGGCGGGCUCGGGGGGCCCCGCCAGCAGCCCGGCGCGGGGCGGCCGCCGCGCGGCGAGGCCCCCGGAGGUGGACGGCAUGCUGCUGAGGCUGGCCUCGGUGGCGACGCGCCGCAUCGACCAGUUCGAGGACCUCGGGGGGGAUCUCGAACAUCGCCUGGGCCCUGGCCACCCUCGGCCUCGCCGGAGGGGAGGCCGCCGCGGCCCCGGGCCGGCGCUUCGUCGAGGCCGCCAUGGACUUCUGCAGCACGGAGCUGCGGGGCUACUCGACCCAGGCCGUGGCGAACAUCCUGUGGGCCUGCGUGCGCCUCGACCCCGCCCGGGCGAAGCAGCUCCGGCAGAGGCUGGGCCGCUUCUGCUCGGCGGCCGCGGAGGUGGUCACCGAGCGCAUGCUGAGCUCCACCGCCGCACGCCCGCGCGCCAACACCGCGGUGACCUGGAGGGACCUCUCCGGCGUGGCGGCCGCGCUGUCGCACGGCAGGCAGAGGUCGCAGCCCGUGGCGCGCUUCGCGGGCUUGCUGGCCCGCCAGGCGGCCGAGCAGGUGUCCGAGGGCGGCCUCACGAGGCAGGAGAUGCUCAACAUCAGCCUCUCGCUGGCCCGCCUGCGGGUGCCGCCGAGCGACAUGCAGGGGCUCGUGGACAGCGUCGCGAUCUGCAUCGCGGUGCGCGGCGAUCGGCUCAACCAGCUGGACCUGCUCCAGUGGGACGAGGUGCGGCAGUGGUGCCCGCCAAUGCCGGCGCAGUUCUGCGGCGCGGGCGUGCGGGCGAGCUUCAGCGGGGGGUGGGCGUGGUGAUCGGGGCCAGCCAGAGCCGCAGCGGCGGUCGUUCAGGUUUGGCCUCGCCCUUGCGUUCCUCCCCCGACUCCUCCCCCGUGCUCACCUCAUCGCUUGCGACACGCGUUGACUUUUGCGAGCAGCGGCGCGCAAGAAUUUCAGAGGCUGGCGCCCUAAGCGACGGCCCCUCGAUCUUUUAUAUGUUUCUUGUUGUUUGUAACGCUUUCUCUCCCCAUUAUGACUAG